AUGGAACUUAUAGAAAAAAAAUACGGCGAAUACACAAUAAAAUCUAUAACAAAAUAUGAUAAUUCUUUUGAUCCAACGCCAAAAUUAAAAUCUAGUCCUAUUCCAAUUAAAUUUAUUUCUUUUAAUGAAAACGAUGAUAAUUGUUUUUAUUGUAAAAAUCCGUAUACUGAAACACUUUUAUUUAAACAAAAAUACUGUGAAACAUGCUUAUUCCAAUAUAUUAAUUAUGUUGAUAAUGAUCAUAAAUACUUGGACGUACUAAUAACUAAUAAUAAUACUGAUCAUUAUGCUUCAUGUCUUUGUACAGAAUGCGUUCUUUACUUUAAAAUCACAUGUUUUAAACAAGUAAUCGCAACUAAUUCUCAUCAUAAUGUAAAGUUUGAUAUUAAAAAAAACUGCGGAUUAUGUGGGAAAUUAAAUUAUCAGGAUUUAGAAUUUAUCGAGUUUGAGUCUUGUUCAAAUUGUUAUAUAGUUUCUUCUGAAUUGAUAGAAUCAACCUUGACUAAAUCGUCCAUUCAAAUUCUUCAUUUACCGUGGUGGAAUACUCAUAGUCGGUGUAUAGUUUGUUUGAAAAACCUUACGUUUAUAUUUGAUUGUCAAAAAUGGUGUUCAUUUUGCAAUAUAAUAUAUACUGGAUGUAGACAUUGUUUGACAACAAAUAUUAUUUUUGGAUUUACGCAAAAAUCUCAAUGUAAGAAAUGCAAUAGAAUAAUAUUUAUUACUAUUGAUAUCACAAAUAUCAUCAGUGGCAAUAAUGAUUUAGAUAGUGAGCUUCUUAUUAAUCUAAAGCCUAAUAUUACUGUUUCGUUAAAUUCGGUAUCUUUGUACCGUUAUUAUCUUAAUGAUCCUGUUUCUUCGCUAAAAUGGAUUUCAUACUCGAACAUUAAAAUUAUCAAGGAAAUAGCGCAAGGUGGUUUUGGUAUCAUUUAUCAAGCAACUUUAUUGGAAUAUGAAGAUGCAAAAAUAACAGUUGCCGUAAAAAAAUUCCUAAGCUCAAAAAGUAUUACUAAAUCUUUUUUAAGUGAGUUAAAAUCAUAUUAUCAAUUAUGCAAAGAUUAUCGUUUUAUUAUUAAAUGUCAUGGUAUUACGAAAGAUCCUAUAACAAAUGAAUACAUGUUAGUGAUGGAUUAUGCUAAUGAGGGAGAUUUACAUAACUACUUACAAAAUAAUUUUCAAUAUAUCACAUGGAAACGAAAAUUAACUAUUUUAUGUCAAAUCUCAGAAGGACUUAAAGUUAUUCAUAAAAUCAACUUUAUACAUCGAGAUCUUCAUAGUGGAAAUAUAUUACUCUUUCGAAAUAUUAAUACUAUUUAUGAUUUCAGACUUAAACAUAAUGCUGUUCAUAAUUUUUGGAAAAUUGGAGAUUUUGGAUUAUCACAAUCUGAAAACGAUCCUUCAAAAAAUAAUGAAAUAUAUGGAGUAAUACCUUAUAUUGCACCUGAAAUAUUCAAUGGUGCAAAAUUUUCAAAAGCAUCUGAUAUUUAUAGUCUUGGCAUGAUUAUGUGGGAACUUACAACAGGAUGCAAACCUUUUGCUAAUGUUGAACACGACAUUUCUCUUAUUUUUAAGAUUAUUGAUGGAAAACGACCCGAAAUUACAAAUGAUACACCUGAAUGUUUUGCAAACUUAAUGAAAAGGUGUUGGGAUCCCGAUCCAUCAAAAAGACCUUACAUAUCGGAUAUAUCAGAUACUAUAAGUAAAUUUAAAUCCUCUUGUAGAGAAUAUGAACCUGUAGAAUUCAGUGAACAAUUCCAUCAAGCUGAAGAAAACCGAUUGAAAUUAAUAAAAUCUAAGAAACUAGGACCAAAAUUUACUGAAAAACCUCAUUCAAAAGCAAUUUAUAUAAGUAGGCCAUUAAAAAUUUCUAAAUCUUUAUCUAUUAAUAAACUUUCGAUUAAUGUUAAUCCAGAAUACACUUCAAAAGAAUAUGAUCUUGAUAUAAAUGAUAUUCAAAGUUCAUCUUCACACGGUAAAAAUUUCGCAAUCCAGAAUUCUUCAAAUACUCAACAUCCGGGUGCUAGUAGACCACUAAGAUCCUUAAUUAUUAAAUCAUCAAAAAAAUUGGACGAGAAAUUGAAUAAUGAAGAUAAUGAAGAAUACGCUUCAAAAGAAUACGAUUUUGAUAUAAAUGAUGUUCAAAGACCUUCUUCAUCAAAUGUAAUUUUUGUGAGAAAGAGCUCUAGUAGUCUAGCUAUAAGAAAACGUAAUAUUGAAGAAUUAAAUAUUAUUCCUCAAAACAAUGGAAAGCGUAUCAAAACAAAUGAAAAUUCCAAGAAUGAGAAAUGA